GACUUUGAUAAUGCAGUCGUCGGCAAGGGGUUGUUGUUAUUGGCUGAGUCGUUUGGGUGCGCGCAGUGGGUCUUCUGCUUUGGAAAUUCCAGUUGAAGUUGUGACGAGUGAUAGACGUACCCCCGGUAUAGAAAAAAUCGCGCAUCAUGUUGGGGCUGCUGAUUGAGAUGCUGGUGCGGUUGUUGUGGCUCUCGUGGUUCGUGGAGCCGAGUAUGGCCUGGGAGAGUGGCUUGAAAGAAAAAUACGACGGUUACGGUGAGGACUGGAUCUUCAUGCCGGACGGCAAGGGUCAGCCGCAGGUGGCCGUGAUCAAAGGCCAGGAUCCCGAUCAUAGCCGCGGCGUACUCGACGAGCCCAUAGGUUUUAUUUUGUAUACACGACAAAAUCCGGAGGAAGGGAUGAAUUUGUCGGUUAACGAUCCUGACGGAUUGUCAAAAUCGACUUUUUCGCCAUCGAGACCCACGAAAUUCAUCACCCAUGGCUGGAAGUCCAGCGCUUUUAGUGCUAGUGUCUUAAACAUGAAAAAAGAAUAUCUGGCUCACGGCGAUUACAACGUGUUCCUGGUCAACUGGGAGCCGAUGGCCGCCAGUACGUUCUACCUGGGCCCGAUGCGUAACACCGGCAAAGUCGGGGCGAAGGCGGCAGAGUUCAUUGAUUUCCUCGUUCGCGAGACUGGUCUGGCCACUGAUAACAUCCACUUUAUCGGUCAUUCAUUGGGUGCGCACGUAGCCGGUAAUACAGGUGAACAGGUAACCACUGGUAAAUUGGGAAGAGUUACCGGAUUGGAUCCGGCUCUUCCAGGUUUCCACUUACUGUCGAUGGAUAAGGGUCGACUUGACCCAACUGACGCACAGUUCGUCGAUAUCAUUCACUCGUGCGGUGGAGUACUCGGAUUUUUGCAGCCACUUGGUCACGUUGACUUCUAUCCCAAUGCUGGUGUUGCGGUACAGCCUGGAUGUUGUUGUGUACCAGAAUUGAUCGAGGCUUGCAGUCACGGUAGAUCGUACCAAUACUUCACCGAGAGCAUAAACUCGAACGUAGGUCUCAGAGCAAAACAGUGCGAAACUUGGGACAAAUAUUUGCAAGGCGACUGUGAUAAUUCAGAGAGCGCUUUGCUGGGAGAGCACGUGGACAAGUCAUCAAGAGGAUCGUUCUUCUUGAGAACGAGAUCCGAGCCUCCUUAUGCGUUUACUAAAGAAAUCAUCGACAACGAAGUUUAACCAGCACCUUCCACGCGAGAGAGAAUAAACUGAUAAAUUUUAGUUCUAUAGAAAACUGUUUCUAUUCUAGUCUGUAUUAAAAAAAAACUUGUUUAAUUCGAAA